GACAAAAGACGCGUGAAAUAUACAGACAGAACCGGUAGCGCAGAUACAGACUCGUGGUGCGCUCUGGUAGCAUUAAACCUGCUGGGAUUUAAGUAUUCAUUUAUAAAAGGAUCCGCAACGCAUCGGUUAAAAGUCGAGGAUUCGUUAAAGUGUUUGCGGUCUGCCUCAGAGGUUACCAGAGCCGGAGCGCCGGUCACCGGUAGAGCCGACCCGGUGUGUGCUGUUCGUCAGCCGGGAGAGCCUGAAACUCCCGAGGAGAUCCGAUCAGGAUCCGGCAACAUGCAGAGAGCCAAGAAAGGGAGACGUGGAGGAAGUAACCGGGGAUCUCUGAGACAGGAGCUGCUCCAGUUCCAUCUGUCUGCCAAGGCACCUCAGUCUGGUAAAGGAGGUCGGAAUGGUGCAAAGGGCGAGUCUGCGGCGAGCGAUGAUGAUGUCACCAGUGAAGUGCUGAGUCACUGCAGCAGCACCAGUGAUACGACCUCAGUCAAUGAAGAGGGAACAGGCACUGAACCCGCGGACGAGCAGACAGCCGCGGAGGAGACGGAAGACAAGCUGAAGCAAUGCAUCGAUAAUUUAAUGGAUAAGAGUGUGAAGUCCCGUCUGGCUGGUCUGGAGAGUCUGAAGCUCGCAUUCUCCUCCAAGACGCUGUGUGACUUCCUGGUGGAGCGCAGGCUCACCCUGACCGACUGCCUGGAGAGGUGUCUGCGCAAAGGGGGUGUGGAGGAGCAGGCUGCUGCAGCCCAGGUCACCACUCUCUUGUGUAUCCAGCUGGGCGGGGUAUCGGAGGGAGAGGAGAUCUUCAAAGCCAUGCGGCCGAUUCUGAGCACCAUCCUCGGCGACCCCGGCGCCAGCCCAACUGCCCGCCAAAGCUGUGCCAGUGCUCUGGGAAUGUGCUGCUACGUUGCUGCUGCUGAUGAUGUGGAGGACCUGUGCAAGUCCCUGUCCCACUUAGAGAGCAUCUUCACCGAAUCCUACCCCAAGCGGGACGGCACCCUCCCCACCCACAAGCCCGGCAUCCAGGCCCUGCACUGCACCGCCCUGCAGUCCUGGUCUCUGCUUAUCACUAUCUGCCCUGCCUCCAGGGUCGACAAGCUCCUGGAAGAGCACCUGCCCAGACUGCAGGCCUGUCUGUCCAGCAAUGACGUCCACUUCCGCAUAGCGGUGGGGGAGACCAUCGCCUUGCUCUUCGAACUGGCCCGAGAAUCCGACCGGGAGUUUGUGUAUGAAGACACGGAUGACCUGUGUGAGCAACUGAAGGGACUGGCAACGGACGGCAACAAGCAUCGCGCCAAGACUGACCGGCGGAAACAGCGCUCUGUCUUCAGAGAGGUUCUGCACUCCAUCGAGAGUGACGAUUUUACCGAAGAGAGGAUCCGGUUCAGUGUGGAGAGCAUCUAUAUAGAUUGCUGGAUCCGCAGGAGAAUUUAUGAUGCUUUUAAAGAGGUUCUGGGGUCUGGAGUCCUACACCACCUACAGCUGAACCAGCUGCUGAGAGACAUCUUUGAGCUGGGACCCCCUCUGAUGCUGGACCGUGCUUCCAUUCGAGCCAGCAAGAUCUCCCGCUUUGAGAAGCAUCUGUACAACUCUGCAGCUUUUAAAGCCAGGACAAAAAUAAGGAAUAAAGUGAGGGAUAAGCGAGCCGACGUGCUAUAACAGAGAAUUGAUUUGCAGUGCUGAUCGCAGACUAGCAAACACUACACGCCAGUGUCUCCUUCCCUAUCACACUUGAAGAACGCUGCUGCUGCUGCUGCUGCUGCUGCUGCUGCUGCCACG